CUACAGUUUAUUUAUAUAUUUGAAUUGCUAGUGUUUGUCACAAAUAGUUCUAAGAAAAGUAGCCUAAGCCUAAUGGCUAACCAUUAUGAUAUCCCGAACUGGGCUGGGAAACCACCAGUUGGUCUCCAUUUGGAUGUGAUGAAGGGAGACAAACUAAUACAGAAAUUGAUGCUGGACCAGAAGAAGUGCUAUCUUUUCGGUAGGAAUCCUCAGAUGAAUGACUUCUGCAUUGAUCACCAGAGCUGUUCAAGGGUUCAUGCAGCGUUUGUUUACCAUAAACAUCUGCAUCGGGCAUUCCUUGUGGAUCUAGGAAGCACUCAUGGUACUUACAUUGGGUCAUUGAGAAUCGAGGCACAGAAGCCGACGCAGUUACCUAUAGACAGUGUGUUCCACUUUGGUGCGUCGACACGCAACUACAUACUGCGGGAGAGGCCCCAGACUGGAGCUCGUCCAAUCAUAGAAGAGCUGGAGAAGUCGUCAGAAGACGCAGAAGGUGGAUUACUGGGACUGCCUGAGACUGAAACUGAGUUGGAUAAUCUGACAGAAUUCAACACAGCACACAAUAGGAGAAUAUCAAUGCUUGGAAUUGGAGAGGAUGGUGAAGCAGCUCCGAGAAAUCGGAAAAGGAAAAAGCGAGGUGUUACAUUUAAUGAAGAAGAAGAAGUAAUCAAUCCUGAGGACGUGGACCCGUCUGUCGGGCGUUUUAGGAAUCUCAUACAUACCACUGUCAUACCAACCAAGCGUCAAAGACUGGAAAGUGGAGUAGGCAUCACCAGUGGACUGACACAACCGGAGGAUCACAAGCCUCAUGCCAUGAAACACAUGCAUCCAUCGUCCUUCAUGAGUCAGUUGUAUCACGACAUGCCAGGUCCCGAGGGUCACACUCCCACCACUCCUACCUCUCUCAUGUUCUCCCCCGCCCUGGCCUCAAGGCUAGGGCUGGCAUUGCCUAACCCUGCCCCCGAUGUGGAAAUGGCCCCGCCUACCCCAGUUGCUCCUCCGCCUACGGAGCCUGCCCCCCUGGCUGAGCAGACUGCCCCAUCUGGUGCUCCGGAGCCCAAGAAAAAGAAGUACGCCAAGGAAGCGUGGCCCGGCAAGAAACCUGGGCCAACCCUCCUGCUGUAAACUGUACAAGUGUCACAUUCUACGGUUUGCUGCUUCUGGUCAAACGUUCUUUGCCUUCCAAGUACCUCCCAAGUUGUACAUAUUGUAUUUUAUAGAAUAAGUGGAAUAGUAUGUAAUUUUUUAACUGUGUAUCUUCAGAUGUUAAUUGCCAGUUGAAAAACGUGCCUAUGAGAAAAGUAUAUAACAAACUAGGCAUUGUAAAAUACAUUGAAUGUAUCUCAGUAUAAACAUGUGAAUGUUAAAAUGUCUACUUAGAAAAUAAGUAAUAUUAUCUUUUUGACUGGAAAAUAUUAAGUUUUGUUUUUUUUAAUCAAAGAUGUGUUUAGAAUAUGUAUGGCAAUAAAGUUUAAUAGAGCCUUUGACUAAGGAGAGAAUUAGACAUUCCAAUCCCUUUAAAGCUGCUACCAGUUUUAGAAUAAAUAAAUGGCAUCAGCAAACUGACAAAUACUUUCUCCAAUUAGCUUGACAACAUUAUAACUAAACAUCCUACUACAUUUUUAGCCAAAAAGUUACAGGGUAAAUCAGAGGGAGUUUCUAUGGGUUUUAUGGUGAAAAUCAUAUAAAUUCCACUAACUUUUAAACGGUUAUCUUUUAGUGUUUUUAGGUUGUGACAUUUGGUCCGAGGUCAAAAGGAAUGUAACACACAAAAUUUUUAUCAAAACCGUUAGACUUAUAUAUUUACAGACACCACUUCAAAAACCACUUUUUUGGGGGCAGGGGAAACUAGAACGGAUAUUUCUACCUAAAACCUUUUGACUAUUAUAUUAGUACAACUAGACAUUCCAUCCCCAUGUUAAAUUGUAGCCAGAUUUUUUUUAUCAAAAUUGUCGUAGUUGAUGCGAGCCACAUACAGAUUGUGUUGAUCUAAAUAACUAAAUUCUGUCAAAUACUCAAAACAUUUUUACCAAGUCAAACUUAGAGAAUGACUUGUCCCAUCAACCUGGUCAGCAACCAAAAUAAAAUAAGGUAUAAAAUAGAAAUUUAGACACUUUAGUGCAUUCUGUGACUGGCUCAAACAACUAUGUUCUUUUUAACAAAAUUCUUCCAUAUAGAUGGGAUGUCUACUUCAGUAUCCAAUAGUCAAUGGUAAAAACUUAAACUCGUAAAUUUAGACAAAAACUUUACUUUCUUCCUAAAUCACACUAUGUAAGUAGUGCAGAAUAAGAUAUGUAAUGAAACAAAAAUUUACCAUUAAAUUUUAUAGUCUUUAAUGUUUUGCUAAUUAUAUUUGUUUUGUAUGUUGUCUUCAAUGCUCAAUUUCAUUUUUUAGCGAAUUUCCCUAUAGCCAAGUAGCUAUUACCAUAGACUAAGCAACACAAGUAGACUCCUCAUCCCAUUGUAAAUUUUGGAGCUUGUUUUUGUGUCUAGUUCAUGUACGUCCACACUGAUCGCUGGGCUAGACGAAAUUUUGUUUCUAUUAUUUUGGGGUUAUUUUCAUGAUUUGUGCUUUACUAUUUGGUUAUAUAACUAGAAGACCAGUUAUUGUUUAUGAUUAUAUCGUUUUAUUUGGUAAAAUGAGGUUUAAAAUUACUGAAAUAAUAAGAAACAAAUUGUCAAAAAAAAACUUCCUCUACAGUUAGACGUACAAAACUAACAAUAAAAUUGGCUUCAGCUGUUCCAUAAGGAUGACAAAUCU